AUGGCCCAUCCAGCGCAAACUUCCGAUCUUUAUGGGGAUUCCGAUGUUAUGACAUCGGGUUCGUUGUCUUCUAAAGAUGUUGAAGGUGUAGUAGGAACUGAAGCUCCUACUAGUUCUAGAAAAUGUCUUACUGAAAGGCAAAUAUCAUCAUUCGGCAGCUCAUCAACCCAAACAGCUAGCAGUGGUUUAACUUUGUCUGUCUCAGAAACUGAGGCAUUAUUAGGACGAGAAAAUAUUGAAGGGAAGCACUAUGUGAGAGAUUUUUCCCUGUCAGAUUUAAAAUCACCAAUAAAGAGAAAAAGAUAUACGCAAGCAGUGAAGGUAAAUUUGGCAAGAAAAAAUAAACAUAUUAACACCCUAGUAAAAUCGAAUAAAAGAUGGAAAAGACGAGCAACGACAUUAAACUCAUUGGUGAAGACAUUAAAAGAAAAACUCUUUGUUUCAGAAAAUGCUGAACCUGUGUUAUUGUCCACACCAACAACACGAAGUAGCAGAGAGAGAUCACUAGGGAGAACAGGAGAAACAAGCAGAGGAUCCACCAAACCAAAGCCAAGAGCCGAACCAGUGACAAGAGCCGCAGAGCCGUACCAGAGACAAGAGCCGAACCAGAGCCAAGAGCCGAACCAGAGCUGCAGAGCCGUACCAGAGCCAAGAGCCGAACCAGAGCCGCAGAGCCGAACCAGAGCCAAGAGCCGAACCAGAGCCGCAGAGCCGAACCAGAGCCAAGAGCCGAACUAG